GUAGACUUCUUUAAGAUGGCGGCGGUGGCGGCUGCACGAGCUGUGUCUGCGGGCCCUGGGCUCCGGGGCCUAAAACGGACACUGCCUCUUGUAGUAAUUCUCGGGGCCACGGGCACCGGCAAAUCCACGCUGGCGUUACAGCUAGGCCAGCGGCUCGGUGGCGAGAUCGUCAGCGCUGACUCCAUGCAGGUUUAUGAAGGCCUAGACAUCAUCACCAACAAGGUUUCUGCCCAAGAGCAGAGAAUGUGCCGGCACCACAUGAUCAGCUUUGUGGAUCCUCUUGUGACAAAUUACACAGUGGUGGACUUCAGGAACAAAGCAACUGCUCUGAUUGAAGAUAUAUUUUCCCGAGAUAAAAUUCCUAUUGUCGUGGGAGGAACCAAUUAUUACAUUGAGGCUCUGCUCUGGAAAGUUCUUGUCAAUGCUAAGCCCUGGGAGAUGGGCACUGAGAAAGUGAUUGACCAGAAAGUUGAGCUUGAAAAGGAGGAUGGCCAUGCGCUCCACAAACGCCUAAGCCAGGUGGACCCAGAAAUGGCUGCCAAGCUGCACCCACAUGACAAGCGCAAAGUGGCCAGGAGCUUGCAAGUGUUUGAAGAAACAGGAAUCUCUCAUAGUGAAUUUCUUCAUCGUCAACAUGCCGAGGAAGGUGGUGGUCCCCUUGGAGGCCCUCUGAAGUUCCCUAACCCGUGCAUCCUCUGGCUUCAUGCUGAACAGACAGUUCUAGAUGAGCGCUUGGAUAAGAGGGUGGAUAACAUGCUCGCCGCUGGGCUCUUGGAUGAACUAAGAGAUUUUCACAGACGCUAUAAUGAGAAGAAAAUUGUGGAAAACAGCCAGGACUAUCAACAUGGUAUCUUCCAAUCAAUUGGCUUCAAGGAAUUUCACGAGUACCUGAUCACUGAGGGAAAGUGCACACCAGAGACUAGAAACCAGCUCCUAAAGAAAGGUAUUGAGGCUCUGAAACAAGUGACUAAGAGAUAUGCCCGGAAGCAAAACCGAUGGAUUAAAAACCGUUUUUUGAGCAGACCUGGUCCCAGUGUUCCCCCAGUAUAUGGCCUAGAAGUGUCUGACGUCUCGAAGUGGGAAGAGUCUGUUCUUGAACCUGCUCUUGAAAUUGUGCGAAGUUUCAUCCAGGGCCACAAGCCUGCAGCUACUCCAGUAAAGAUGCCAAGCAGUGAAACUGAGAACAAGAGAAGUUAUCACAUGUGUGACCUCUGUGAUCGAAUCAUCAUUGGGGACCGUGAAUGGGCAGCACACAUGAAAUCCAAGUCCCACUUGCACCAACUGAAGAAAAGAAGAAGGUUGGACUCAGAUGCCAUCACUACCAUAGAAAGUCAGAGUAUUUCCCCAGACCAUGAUAAAGAGCUUAAAGAAAAGGGAUCCCUAGGGCAGAAUGUUGAAGAGCUGAAAUCCAGCAUUUAAGGGACUUGUCCAGUGGCCUUUGCAAAGGUGGCAGGGGUCCAGUUCUUUCAUUCAGUGGUGUGGUUUUAUUUAUUUAUUUUUUUAUUUCUUUUCUUUUUUUUUUUUUUAGCGGUGUGGUUUUAACCUCUCAUGUUCUCUGUCAUGGAAACAGCAGGCCUUGUUAGCUCCUGUGUGGCUGAUAUGUCUGGUCUGGUAAUGAGUUUGGGAAGGGCUUUUUUUUUUUCUUUUAACCUUAAAGUUUCUAUUUUUGAAAGAGGCACAGAUUGCACUUUUUUACAUUUGAUCUUUUUGGUGAUGAAUACUGGGAUUUACUGUAUCCCUUAAAAAAAAGUUUUAUAUCCUUGACUCUGGCUGGAAAUAUCUAAUUUCCGGACACUUGUACAGAUGAUUGAGUUAUUGUGAGCCACAAUUCAAGAGUUCUGGAUUUGGGUGAAUGGCAGUAAAGGAUCAGCCCCAGUGAGAUAAUUAAGUGAACCAAACCGUUUUUGGAAUUCCAUCGAGACGGAGAGAAUCAGACUGAAGUGGUUUUGUGACAUGGAACUUGAAAACUGAAGACUGGCAUUUGUUGAGCUCCUCCUGUGUGAUAAUCACUGCUAUCUUUCUAUUGAGUUAGGAGACUAUAUUUUUAUUGAAAAUUAAAUAAAGAAAAAGUUUGCAAGAACCUC